ACUUCAUCUCCAUUAUAUUCCCUCAUAAUAUCUAGAGGUACACAAAGAGCUAGCUCUAUAAAACUUCGUAUUUGGUUUUGAAUAACAAAGUUUAUAUAUUGUACCACAUUAAUUCCUUUUAGAGUUUGCUUAUUAUUACCAUUGGUGAACAAGAACAUAACUCAUUAGCUAAAUAAUAUUUUUUCCCCCUUUUGUGUUGUGUUUAUCAAAUAGUUAGGCACUAUGGAGGGACAUGAAUUUUUGGGGUUUGGUUUCUUUGUAAUUGGUUUGUGGCACCUCUUCAACAACACCAAACUCCACUUUCUUUGUUCUUCUUUCAAGUCCCACACAUCAACCAUGUGGUUUCCUACCAAAAUAAGUAGAUACUUGGAGCUUCAUUUCAUCAUGGCAUGUUGCACAAUCUUCAUAGCAAUGGAACUCUUCAUUGCUCCUCUUCAUCACCAACCAUUUGACCCUCAUGAUGGAACCAUUCCCUCCAACCAUCUCCACAACUUUGAACACUCUUCCAUGGCUUCGUCGUUCUUAAUCUAUGCUACUUUUUCCGUAGUUCUUGAUAGAUUUUCAACAAGUACUAUAAUUCAAAAUGAACUUAGCCAUUUGCUUGCAGCCAUAGCAUUUGCUCAACAAUUUCUUCUUAUUCAUCUUCACUCAAGAGAUCACAUGGGGAUAGAAGGACAAUAUCAUUAUUUAUUGCAAAUUUUGAUUUCGAUUUGUUUUGUGACAACUCUUAUGGGAAUUGGAUUUCGAAUGAGCUUCUUGGUAUGUUUUGUGCGUUCUGUUGGCAUAAUCUUCCAAGGUUUGUGGCUUAUGUUCAUGGGGUUCAUGCUUUUUACACCUGGUUAUGAACCCAAAGGUUGUUUCACGAAACUUGAGGGGGAUCAAUAUAUGGUUAGGUGCAACGAUGAAAAGGCUCUUCAUCGCGCUAUUUCAUUGGUGAAUCUUCAAUUCAGCUGGUUCUUGAUCGGAGUCCCUAUUUUUGCUGUGUCUUUCUACUUGAGUAUGGCAAGAUGCUAUGGUGAAAAGGUGGAGUAUGUUUCACUGAUGAAGGAGGAACAUUACCGUGAAGAUGGCUUAAAAAAAUUCGACGUUGAGUCACAGUGUCAAAAGAUCACCACAGGUGUACAAGAGCAAAUUUGAAGAACUUUAUGAAAUUAAUAAAUAUUGUACUAGUGAGGAAAAAAAAUGUAUUGCUUAAGUUCUACAUGUUUGUUGUAGAAAAAACUAUAACCAAGGUGUCUGGAUUAUUUGGCACAACAAGGGUAUUUGAUGAAUAAGUUUUUAUUAGGGAGUAUUCCAAGCAUACUUAAUUAUGGUCAAUAAGGAAAAUUAUUCCCAAUCAAUCA